AUGGGAUGGGAUGUGCUGGGCUGCACAGCUAGCAGGUCAUUUUCCCGUAUGUCACAUCCUUCGGGACAAGGCAGCAUGGGGCCAAAGGCAGGAAAUGGCAUAUUCCUGGAAUGAGGCAACGUUUUCCCAGGGUAGCUAUUGGUUCUUCCUAACUAUAAAAUAUACUCAUCCAGAAACAGCCCAAGAUUUUUCCUUUUUGGAGGCACCCAGAAGCAAAGAAGGUGUCAUGGAAAGGCUGAUUGUCCCCCAGCCCCAAGCUGUGGAUUCUCUUCGCAGUUUCCAGGUGUUGUUGUUGGAUAGAAGGAGUAGACUCCACGGCCAAAUCCGGAGCCUCCGGGACAUCAUCCGAAAGAUCGAAAAGCUUCGCAAACGGUCGCUGUUGGCGUACAUCACAGGCAGUUCCCUGAGUGCAGCUGGAGCCAUCACGGCCAUUGUGGGGCUGUCCUUAAGUCCCAUCACUCUAGGGACCUCUCUUCUGGCCUCUGCAGUGGGCCUGGGUGUGGCCACUGCCGGAGGGGCAGUUACCCUCAGUUCCGACCUGUCCCUGAUGUUUCGUAACUCCAGAGAGCUGAGAAAGGUGCAGGAUAUUGCGGCAAUUUGCCAGGAUCAGAUGAGGGAAAUUUUAGGAUGCUUGGAUUUCUUUUGCCGGGGACAGGGUUGUCUGGAUUUCCAACUUCUGCAGUCUGGGAAGAAGGCUUCCAUUGCUCUGUAUAAUUCGGUCUAUUUUAUCGUGUUCUUCGGCUCACGUGGCUUUCUCAUCCCCAGGCAUGCAGAAGGGGCCACGAAGGUUAGCCAGGCCGUACUGAAGGCCAAGAUUCAGAAAUUGGCCGAGAGCCUGGAGUCCUGCACCACUGCCCUGGAUGAACUCAGUCAGCAGCUGGAAUCGAGAGUACAACUCUAUGCAAAAACCAAACAUGAAAACCCUGCUUUGGACUCAAAGGACUCUCUGGACAAAUAUGGAGGGAUGAUUUUUUGAGAUCAAAAACCUUGGAGCUGAAUUGAGAUGGAUAGUUGUACACAAAGAAUGGAAAGAAAAAACCAAACGUGACUCUUGUUGUAAAAGGGAUGUGUACUUUGAGUAUGAAUUGGAUUUCUGAGAUUCUGUGUAACACUGAGGUUUUCUGAAUAUAUGACUUGAAAUGGGUGGAUCCUCAUAGCCGUUAUUUUCUUAAACACUGUGAUAUCCUGUAAGGAAAAGGACGGGGAUUUAGUGCUGGAGACUUUUUCCAUGUUUAGUAGUAGCACAUGUGAAUGGGCGACGCUUAUGUAUUGUGUGCUAGCAAAAUGUUUUCCUGUCACCAUCAAAAGUUUCCUAGUCACCAAUGCCAGCCAAAAGCUAGUUAGUUCUUCCCUGAGAACCCAGUAGUUGUAGAAUUACCUGGACUUUCAAGAUGACUCUAGUUCUGCCUUGAGGAUACUGGUCCAUACCAAAGAGGGUUUGGGAGACUUCUUCAGUCAGGUUAGUUAAAGGACUUCAUUUCAAGUUCAAAGUAAUUGAAAGACCCCUAAGAUGUCUUAAUGAGCAGGGCAGAUCUAAUACCUCCCCCUUUUUGAUUCUAAAAAACCCCAAAGGAUCUAAAACAAAAGCCCAGUUACAAAGGUCAAAGAGGACUUCCAUCUGCUAGCUCUUUAUGACCAUACUCCCCACAAUUCAAAUAAACAAAAGUCUCUGUUUCAGAGUUCAAGGAAGGUAUCUGAAACUAACCUAACUCUUUUUCCCCCCCAGCUUUCUCUGUUUAAGAGUUCAUUUUGGGUUUAGAGAAGACCCCUUAGAGUGGCUAUAGACUUAAUUUACCCAUCCUGACCUAAUGAUUUCAAGGAUUCCCCAAAGUUAUCACUCCAGUAUUUAGUGUGCAGCCCAAGGAAAGGUUCCCUUUUUGUGUCACCUGUCAAGCUCAAAGGCAAUCAGCAUCCAUUGGAAAAGAUGAGUUAACUGGGAAAGUGACAGGUCAUUAUAAGGGGAAGGCAUAAUUGAUGUAAAAUUCCCUCUUUAUUAACUAAAGGAUAUGACACAUUCUACCCUUUAGAGGGCAGCAUUGUCUAUAUGUUGUAGAAACUGGUACACCAAAGAAUGUAAUUUUAUUGAGAAAUUAGCUUUUCUACCUUUUAUUUUAACACCACAUAAGGUAUUUUAUUUAUUUAUUUAAAUCUUAUAAUUUUAUUGCUUUUUAUUAUAUAACUGAGUUUUAUAGAAGUGACAUAUUUUAAUAAUCACAGGAAUAGCCAAUUUGGGAAAACUUGGCUACUAUCACUAGCUUCAUUUCCAAGGAGUAAAGUGCAGCUAAAUGAUUUCUGUAAAGUGGAGAGGAGAUAGGUAAAUGGUUUCUGGAGUCGGCCUUAAUCCCUUUAAGGAGUCCCUUUUUGAUCUAUGGGAGAAAAUUUAUUUUUCAAUGUUUCUGUUAAGUAGGUAAGAUAAAGAGGGACCAAAUAAAUGGAUGUUAAAAAAAAAAAAAAACAGCCUUUAGGAAGAAAAAGUAAGGUAAUAUAUUUUUGAUUAUGUAAGUGAUUAAAAUAAUGUUUAUCUUUAAAGUACACAUGAGAACAUAUAAGAUGUGACCUGGAAAGAGAACGUGUUAAAUGUAGAAAAGAAUAACUUGAGAGGAGUCAUGGUGUAAAUAAGCAUCUGCACUCAGAAAGCCUAAUGUCCUAUGAAGUUGUGUCUUAUGGUUGAUGGACAGUGUAAUUGGUGAGGCUUUAGUGAUAUGUCUUGGUUUCCUUUGUUAUAGGUACAGGAGAGCCUGGUAUUUCUUUCUUUCUUUCCUAUUCUUUCUCUCUUUCUUUUUUUCUUCCUUUAGUGUUAGUUACCCCUUAGAAAACUUUUAAAGUUUCUUGAAUCACCCUCCCAAUAAUUGCAACAAAAUACCCAAAAUAGGUUGCAAAAUAUUGGAUCCUACAAAAAAAUUACCUACCAAUGAUGGCAGUGAGCCUGAGGAAGUGAAAUUUCAAAGCUAUGGGGCAUACUUCCAAUUUUUCUGAAAACUUUGACUCAUAUUUGUUGUCUUUUUUUCUCUUGCAUCCUAGUUUGGUUGAAGAACCUGUGUUUCCUUAACUUAUUUAAAUAGCUGCUGGCAAAAAUCUAGUCCUAACAUCAUUCUUAACAGUACUUAAUGCUGAAUUAGAUUCUUUCAGUAAUUAAUCACUAUAUUGAGCAUCCUUGGAAGCAAUAUCAAUCUUUCUAUCUACUAAAUACUUUAACUGAAUCAAAAAUGUAACUUUGAGUUACAUCUUGCAUGGAUCAAUUUAUAAAGGAAUAAUGUCUAAUCUGCAAUAAUAAUAUGUACAAAGUAAGGAAUCAGUAAAUAUUAUUGAAUGAAGAAGUAGCUUCAUAGCUUAGGCAAUAAGUACAUCUAGCUUAUAAACCAGGGGAGACUUUGUAAAAAAAGAUCACCAGCUUUCCCUAUGUGAUCGUUAUUUUGAAAUUUAGAAGCUCUUUGGGGCUUUAGGUAAUUUAUCCUUAGUCAAAAGUAGCUAUAUAUUAAUUCCUAAGAGAAAAUAAUUUUUUUAAUGGAAAAUAUACAGAAUGUUGUUUUGGUAAAUCUUCAUUCUAUCAGAAAUAAAAUGUAAUAUGAAAUGUUGUGGGGAAGGAUAAGGGAAAUCCUUAGAUAAAGGUGCACAUCAGAAAAAACUAUCUUUCAAAAAUAAACUUGCUAAAAACAAA